CACUCUGCACAUGCUCAGAGGACACAUUCCCAAGCCCCUCCCCUCCUUGCAUGUCCACCUCUCCCCCCAGCAUCCCUUUUCCCAGCCAGGAAGCGCCUCCCUCCUUCUCUGAUUCCUCUUGCUUUGCUUGGCACUCUGCACAUGCUCAGAGGCCACCCUCCCUUCCUCCCCACUGCCUGCUUUGGCUCCUCCCCUUUCCCCGAGGGGCGGGGCGGCGGAUUUGCAGCAAAGGCGCUUAAGGGGGGAUGAGCCAUUCUCUCUCCUCUUCUUCCUUUGCAGAUCCGCUCCCUUCUGUGACCCGAAGCAGAAGCGGCAUCGUCUCCGGUGGGAAGAUGAAGGUGAAGAAGGGGAGCAGCGCUGGCACCGCAGGAGGAGGAGGAAUGGGCCCCGGGGGAGCGGCGGCGGCGGCCCCCCCAUCUUCGGCCUCCUCCUCUUCCUCGGGAGCCUCUUCCUCGGCCCUUUGCAGCGAGGAGGAGCUCCUCCGCAAGGCCAGCAUCAGCCCCGAGGAUGUCUUGGGCCUCCCCAAGAUCACCUCCGAUUAUUUAUGCACCCCAGAGGAGAAUGUGUACAAGAUAGAUUUCACUCGCUUCAAAAUCAGAGACAUGGAGUCUGGCACCGUCUUGUUUGAGAUCACCAAACCCCCAGCUUCAGAGCGUGAACACAGCAACAAGAAGGACAUUGACCCCAACGCCGGGCGGUUUGUGCGCUACCAGUUCACGCCGGCCUUCCUUCGGCUGCGGCAAGUUGGAGCCACGGUGGAGUUCACGGUGGGUGACAAGCCUAUCAACAACUUCCGCAUGAUUGAGCGGCACUACUUCCGGGACCAGCUCCUCAAGAGCUUCGACUUUGAGUUCGGCUUCUGCAUCCCCAGCAGCAAGAACACUUGCGAGCACAUCUACGAGUUCCCUCAGCUCUCCGAAGACCUCAUCCAAGAAAUGAUCAUCCAUCCCUACGAGACCCAGUCGGACAGUUUCUACUUUGUGGACAACAAAUUGGUCAUGCACAACAAAGCCGACUAUUCCUACAGCGGCGGGCCGUGACCCACGAGAGAUGUAGUUCCCUGUAGGAAACGGGCCCCGGGUCCCGCGCAUCGGCGUCACAGAGGACAUCGGCGGCGCGGAAAUGGGAGUUUUGCGUUUAGUCUGAGCUUCACGAGGAAAGACCCCGUUUCCCGCCUCUCCCAUCGUCCUCGAAAAUCAUAGCACUGUGUAGGACAAAGGUAUAUUUCGAGUCUCGGAUCUUUUGGGACACAAUGCCCCCUCCCCCUCGUUUUGUCGGAUUUCAGCUCCUUGGAGGCUCCCCGGAGCAGAGACUUUGGAUUCGGAUUCCUUCGCUCUUUGAACACAAAGCACAAGGAGGAGUACUAAAAUAACCCAUUGACUUGGUAGCCUAUGGGGUGUUGGGGAGACUCAAAAAGUCUUGUCCGGGGACCGAAUAGAUCUCUCAUUUUGGGGGGUUUAUGGGGAGCACUUCUCCAUUACUGUGAAAAUGCGAGAUCCCCGUUGAUGUUGUUGGAAGGAUAAGGGGUCCGUAUGUUAAUGUCGUAUUCGUUCUCGUCUUCCUUGCACCUCGAACGGUCUGAUAAGCUGAUGUUAUCCCCGAUUUGCGGUGUAUUCAUCAUAUAUUCGUAAUUUACGAGGGGGCUUCCUCCAAAAUGCUCUUCCAUUGACCCAAGAGUGCAAACCUACUUCCCAAGGUUUUAUUAUUUAUCCCUUUCCUUUCCAAUUAGAGUAAAUAGUUGGCCCUUCGAAUGGAGAUUAAGGGAAGGCAAUUUCACUCGGUUUAAUUUUUCUUUUUGUGUGUAUUCCUGUGUGUUUUGGCUCAGUAUCUGCAUUUGUGUGGGUCCAAACAAAACGUCUAGGAUGAAUGUCCUUUCACCAGAAAUUCUCCCAAAAUUGUGAGAGGGAGAGAGCUAGAAAGACCCUUCUUUUCAGUGCAAAUUCCUUUCCCGUGCAUAAAACGAUUGGACAUGGGGAUGAUGGGUUUUGUAGUCCCAUCAUUUUUGAACGGUUUCCCAUUGAGACAGAGGACUCUCCAGAGAUAGUGUUGCAUUUUGUUUUCUAGUUGGUCAACAUUAAUAGGAUGCUAUUUAAUAAAUCAGAACAGAAGGGUUCUGUUCGCAGCUGGCAAAAUGGGGUUCUAUAUCAGAGGAAAGAAAUCCUAAAUGUACAGAAAAAGAAAUUAAAUAAGAUUAUGAUGAAA